AUGGCGAGAGAAGAUGUAUUUCUGUUCGUUUCUCUCGUUAUUCUUUACCUCAGUUCAUUUGAGAUGUUACGUGUCACGUCAUCAUUAUUUUCGUUACUGCAACUAAACUUUAUUACAGUAAUAGCUCAAGAACAUUUUCCGGUUCUAUUGUUUUCUAAAAACUCAGUUUUUCAGUUCACUAUCGGAGUAUCGGUACCACUGUUGGCUACUAAUAAAAAAGGUAACGUUGUUUUCUCAGCUGGAUUUCAAUUUAACUAUGCUCUGCCGUGGAAUUUAACUCAAUUACAAUCACCGAGUAUUAUUCCCUCACGACACACUGAUGAUUUCAAUUUAAAUAAUAUAUAUUUGUCUAUUGAAAAUUUAUUUGAUCGGUACAACUGGAGCGACGGUCGACAGUGUCUUUUAAGAAGUAUUUGCGAGCUUGCAGAAACUCCAUUGAACCGAGUAAACACCGACGUUCUCCUAGAUGUUGUUCAUUUAUUACUGACACCAUCGGAAGACUUACCGGAGACGGUUAAUUCAAGCCACCGGUCUAUCGACAAAUUGUACCACCGAGCCGAACUAUUGGGGAGAUCUGGUGGUGAUUGUGCCUCAAGUUAUUCCGGUUGCGCCGAAUCACCUCUCAAGUACUUCACCCAAAUUGUAUUUACUUGACGUUCAUCCCAGGAUAAAUAGAGGUUGAGAAAAUGUAUUUAAACUGGAGGAGAGUUGAUAAAAAAGUCAUUAUUUUGUUGUUUAUUGAGCUAUAUUACGGUUCAAGUAUCAUCAAAAGUUAUUGUACGGCGAGUGAAACA